AUGAGUGAGCCGUUCGACGAGAACUACUACAAUCAUCUUCUUACUCUGCUUACCAUCAACUCGCGUGCAAUCAUCGCCGAGUUGACCAGUAUAGCGGAGACUCAUUUAGAUGAGCUGAGUACUAUAGUCAAACUUAUCGUUGGUAGAAUCCGACGGUGUUUACCUCUGUACAAAUUGUACCUGUUCUAUCUUAUUGAUUCGAUUGUGAAAAACGUCGGAUCCCCUUAUAAUGUGCUUUUCAGCUCUGAGUUGUUUGCUCUUUUUACUGAAACUUAUACCAUAGUCAAGGAUUCUGUUCGACAGGAUUUGAUCGAUUUAUUUAAAACCUGGGUCAACGCUCGUACGCAACUGGAUUCAGAAUUGUUUCCUUCGAGAGUAAUAGGGAGUAUAGAAAAGUUCAUCAUCAAGGCAACCACCAUACCUGUUUCUUCUGAUUCGUUACUACGGGAAGCCAAUUACUUACUACAAUAUGUGAUCAAAAUUGACUCUAUGGUAGAAGGUGAAAUAGAUGGCGAGUGGAAGGAAGACGACAAGAAUGAAAUACACCAGAUGCAAAUAGUGCGUAAUAAAAUGGUAUGGGAAAUCAAUGAGAUACACGAGAAACUAUUUAUUAGUCAACGAGACGAUAGAGAACGAGACGCUUCAAACGUAGCUGCAUUGAAUAUCACCAAUGCGAACAUACGAGAUGAAUUGGUAGAAAUCCGAAAGACAUUGGAUAAUCAUUUCCAUAAACAACAGGAACUACUUCGAAGAAAGGAAUCACAAGUGAUGGAGUCAAUUGACAAGUUAAACCGAAAGAUGGAGUUUUCUAUUGAUAAGGCAUGGUUCACAGCCAGCGAUGAUGUUGUUGUUAACUUCAUGGUAAGUUGGGGUCAUAGGAAGAGGGCAGAAGCUUUGGUUGAGGGUCCAAAGAAGAAGAAGGUACGUUUUGAAUGA